UAUUCCCUUCUUCCAACUUGCAUUGCCUUGAAUCUGCUUGCUUGCUUCCUUUCUCCGGCUGCUGCUCGAUCGUCCCCGGCGACGGCUGGUACGUGUUGGCGAUUCCGGAGGUUUUGGGUGUGCCCAUCGGCGAAUUAUUCCCAUGGUGUUGCGUGCCACGCCUCUGGGAAUCUAGGCCGGUGGUGCAUCGAUUCCGAUCGAGCUUCGCACUUGCGGCGCGCUAUUUAAGCGUCGCCGCCGUGCUAAACCUUCUCCCCUCCUCCAAAUCUCGUCUUGAACUCGUUUUUGCAAAGAAAUCUUACGGUUUUCAGUAAAUUUACACUCGGAGAAGCAAUAUAUAGAUGAACACCAAGAAGAUUAAGCUGCACGACCACCACUGCAGCGGGAUGAUGCCCCUGCGCGACCCCUCGCCGGCGCCGCAGCCUCUCGCGUCCUUCACCGGGCUCUCGUCGCCGUUCUACGAGGGGUUCGGGAGUUAUGCGGCUCAUCAUCAGCACCAGCAGCAGGGAAGUGCCGGCUGGCCGCGGGAAGAGUACCCUGGGCCGGCGGCCGCAACGAGGCCGGCGUUCGCGCAGAGCUGCGUCGGCUCCAGCACGGCGGCUUUCUACGCCGCUGAGAACCUGCUCGGCAUGGCGCAGUUCGACUGCGCUCCUGCCGGGAUGUUCCCGCCGACGACGACGCCGUUCCGGUCGUCCGCGGACAGAGAGCUCUACCGGUCGCUUGACCCGCCGUUGAUGCUCCGUGCGGCGGACCAGUCGUCCUCCGUGAGGACGUACUACGUCCGGCCGCAGCGGCGGGACGCCGCCGAGCUCCCAUUGCCCGUGGCGCCGCCGCAGCACCAGCAAGAGCGAGCGCACAAUCAUCACGUGCCGUUCCCGGCGAGCGCGACCCGGGACCGGGAGGCGCCCAGCAGCAGCGUGCAGAGCCAGAUGGAUCACCAGCUGUCCGCCAGGAGCUUCAACGGCAGCGUGGCGCGGCCAGCCACGCCACCGCCGAGCAAGACGCGUAUCCGGUGGACGCAGGACCUGCACGAGCGGUUCGUGGAGUGCGUGAACCAGCUCGGCGGCGCAGACAAGGCGACGCCAAAGGGGAUCCUGAAGCUGAUGAACUCUGAUGGCCUGACAAUCUACCACAUCAAGAGCCAUCUUCAGAAAUAUCGUACGGCCAAGUGCAUGCCACCACCAUCUUCAUUGUCCGAAGGGAAACAGGACGAGAAGAGGGGCGACUCGAUGCAGGAUCCGGAACGGAAUACUGCGAUGCCCAUCACGGAAGCACUCCGCGUCCAGCUCGACGUGCAGCGCCGGCUCCACGAGCAGCUCGAGAUACAGCGGAAACUGCAGGUGAGGAUCGAGGAGCAGGGGAAAAGGCUGCAGCAGAUGUUCGAAGACCAGCUCAAGGCCAGCAGGAACGUGGCCAGCUGCUCGCCGUCGACAGACGGCCCCAUCGGCGUCCUCCCCUUCCCGUCAGCGACCGUGGAGCAAGACGACCCCGUAUUCGUCGACAUCGUCAUCGACGACGAUGACGAGGACCAAGUGCAGCUGUUGUCCGUCGCUAAGGGCGGCAGCUACGACGACGAAUUCUAGCCCAGUGAAGCCUCCUCUGCCACUACCAUCCCUCUAGUCCAGCCUUCGUUUUUGACAAAUGGUUUGCUACUUUGCGGUAGUUCACGAUGUAUGGCAAUCGUUGCGUGCCAUGAGAAAACUGGAGCCGUCCACGAUUUCUUUGUCGAAUCGGACGCUGCCUCGCAUGACCCACACGUUCACGACCAAUUCUCAUUUGCUAUUUCUCCAUCAGAAUUGUAAGAAUUUCAGUUUGCCCAAAAAACAAA